AAAACACAUACAAACACCGAAGAAGAAGCAGCAGCAGCUAGGUAGCAUCCUUUUUUUGCUCAAACUGACUUGACUUUGAUUUAAUCUCUCUGGGCUACUCCAGCUGUUUUCCAGACAGCUGAAAGAACCAUUACGGCAAGCAGAGACUGCUGUUAAUUUCUGAGUAUUUUUGAGUAAUCGUUUUCACCUUUACUCUGUCUGCUCAGCGUGUGACAAACCAUGAGUAAUAAUAUCCUCAACGCGUCUGCUUUGCCCCAAAACUUGCACACCGAGGAAGAGGCUGCGGCCAUAGAAAAUGCCAUCAGGGCGGCUGUAAAUACGGUGAUGAAGGUGAUGAGCAGCGCCUGCAGCCGCAGGAUGCUGGAGUACCAGAGGAUGGUGGCUGACAGGGACAAAGAGAUCCGGAGAUUGGAGUGCAAGCUGGAGGAAAGUGAAAGUGAGCUGAAGGUGCUACGUCUCAAGUUUGGCAGGAUGCCACCUGAAAAUGAACUUUCUUGUUCGGUAACAGAGGAAAUUAAUUCUGCUGAGGCUGUCAUCAGCGGCAAGAAUCAGCUGGAAAAUCAGCCUCAAGGCAAGUCCUGUGGUGUAGGUGCAGCAGCACCCACAGAACUUUCUCCAAAAUACCUUGGAGUAGUGGAGGCUUUCCCCCACCAACAUGCCCAGACUGACACAAGUACAUGGGAGAGCCAAGGAGUAUCUGGAUGCAGCCCCUCUGUGGUUAAAGAGGAGCCUUCUGACUUGGAGCCAGUCAUCAAAUGGGAAGUGUGUGAGGGGAGUUUGCUGGACCAGCUGGAAGGUCAGCAUGGAGCUGAAUAUCAGCAUGGAGAUAAACUUGCAAAAAAAGACUUGCAGGGUGAAAGUGUGGCAAAAAUCGCAAAUCCUCAUCUGAGCAAGUUAAUUGCAACCGUGCUUGACAGAUCUCCAGCUCCUCUCAAAAGGAAAGAAAGAGAACGAAACGGAUGCCUUCGGCCAGAGAGUGAGGAGGAGGUAGAGGAGGACGGUGUGAAGAAACCCUGUGUCAGCCAUCCACCUCUGACUAAAGCAGCAGCCUCAAAAGACAGUUUGUGUUUUUCCAUUUCACCGGAGUCAUUCAGGCAAAACCCAAGUGCCUCCAUAUCUUCGCAUUUUCAAGACCCUCUAAUGUGUCAGCAGCAGGGUUUCAUGGCCACGUCAGCUCCACAAGCCACAUGUGACCCAAUACUUCUAGAAGUGCUCGUCUCGCUGGAGACCAUCAAACAACAGAACACCACGGUUCUUAAAAUACUCCAGUCGGGAGUCUCCUCUGCAGCGACGCACUGGGAGCCUCCAGAUGUGGGAGCGCUUCCUCUUCCUCUCCAGUCGGUGCAGGACUUGAGAAGUCUGGAGCAAAGGCUGUCCACUGAAACAGAGCUGAAGAAGAAAAUGAUCUCAUAUCUCGGCCUGUCAGGAGGAAUGACAACCAAAGAGAGCGUCUGGAGGAUUAUGGCCAAACUUUUCACCAACACUUUGGCCAAAAAUGUUAACUGGAGGGGAAGAAAUAACAAGCAGAAGAUCGAGAGCCUGACUAUCAAGAAAGUUGUGCUCAAUGCUGUGAGGCAGAAUUCGUUCUGCAAAGAUGCCGUGGACGAGGAGAUUGAGAGAUACAUGAAGCGCUGGCUGCAGCUGGCCGGAGACCGAGACGGAGGAAGAAAAAGAAGACAGGAGAAGGGGAAGGAAGCGAUGGGAAGCAUGAGGAAUUACUGUGUGGAUGACAUGUUUGCUAACGUGAUAGAGUAGAAUCAAUCUGCAGAACAUUUGUGUACGUAUUGUGGGUUACAAGCAGAAACACUCCCUGAAUUCACCGUUAUCAUUGUGUCUUCAGGUUAAAAUCCAUGACACUUAAAGUCUCUUUUCCUAAAAGACUCGUUCUGUUACAUUUUGUAGCUUUUGUUCUUUAUAUCAUGACUUUAUUUGGAAAUCCUUUGGAUUGUAUCAGUACUUUUAUCACUUAUUAAUCGUAUUUUUAAGCCAGUAAAUGUUAUCCUUGUCUUUAGAUUUUGUAAUAAGCUAUAUUAAAACAUUUGUACGAUGACUAUUGUUUAAAAGGACAUGUCUGUUUUAAAUAACAUUUUAAUAAUCCUCCUGUUGCAGGAAAUACACUGCAGUACUUAAUGUUGAACUGUUAAUGCCAAUAAAAUAUCUUAUGCAAUAGGUUCAACAAACUGAACCGAAAUCCUUA